ACUGUUGUUGGGGGGGUAGAAUUUGGCGCUAACCAAAGCAGGCUCGCUUGUUGGACGAAUCAGAAAGGACUUAGUGAGAGAAGUUCAUCCAAUAAGAGAGCUUGGCGCGAGAUUCCGAGCGCGCGCUUCAAGCAGCUGCUAGAGUUUGGCGGGGAGAGUGCAGGCUGUAGCCGGACUUCACAGGGGAGACAUCGUUUAGUAUCAGCUUAUCCAUUGCUCAGCCAUGCCAAGCACCAGGUCCAGAUCUCAGAGCGCCAUUCAGUUCCCCAAGACGAAGACUGCCAAGACUGGAGUCAAAGCAGAUCUGCGGAUCCAGGCUAAAUCAGAAGCUGGUGCUGUGCCUCCCCUGUCUGUCUGCAAGGAACAACCUCUCAGUCCACGGAAGAGACUAGGUGAUGAUAAUCUCUGCAACAUUCCUCAGUCACUCCGUUGCUCUCCUCCUAAACAAAGUCGCAAUGAGAAUGGACCCAUCAGCCCUGCUAAGGGGAGGCGUCUGAUUUUUGAUGAGAACCAGGCGGCUGCAACUCCCUUGUCCCCCAGUAAGAAGACUCAGGAUACCACUUUUUCAUCCCCUCAAAAAAGAGGUCAGGAAACCCCAUCCAGCAAUCCCCAUCGUGGCCCACAGGAGAGGAAGAGUGUGUGUACACGACUGUUCAAGCAGGAAGGGACCUGCUAUCAGAAGGCGAAAUGCGCACUAAACACGGCUGUGCCAGAACGUCUGCUGGCACGAGAAAAGGAGACGGCAGCCAUACUUUCCUUUCUGAAGACACAUGUUUCUUCUGAGAAGCCUGGCAGCCUUUACAUCUCUGGGGCUCCAGGAACUGGCAAAACUGCAUGUCUGAGCAAGAUGCUGCAAGAGAACAAGGAGAUUUUAAAGGGUACAAAGACUGUGUAUAUCAACUGCAUGAGUCUCAGAAGUUCCCUGGCAAUCUUCCCAGCCAUAGCAGAAGAGAUCUCUGGGUCCUCAAAGCUUGCAUCCUCUGGGAAAGAUGUGGUCAGAAGUCUGGAGAAGAUGGUCACCUCCAAGGGGCCUGUCAUACUUCUUGUGCUAGAUGAGAUGGAUCAGUUGGACAGCAAAGGGCAGGAUGUGCUGUACACAGUGUUUGAGUGGCCCUGGCUCCAAAACUCCAGAGUUGUGCUUAUUGGAAUCGCAAAUGCUCUGGAUUUGACAGACCGUAUCUUGCCCAGGCUUCAGGCUCGUCCUAAUUGCAAACCUCAGUUGCUCAAUUUCUCUCCAUACACAAAGGAUCAGAUUGCCACUAUACUACAAGACAGGCUGACACAGGUGUCUGGGGACCAGGUUCUAGAUAAUGCGGCAAUUCAGUUUUGUGCCAGGAAGGUGUCAGCAGUCUCUGGAGAUGCCCGCAAGGCCCUGGAUAUCUGCAGGCGGGCAGUAGAAAUAGUGGAGUCGGAUGUAAGGAGCCAGACUGUCCUAAAGCCUCUAUCUGAAUGUCCAUCUCCAAGUAAAGAAGCUGCAUCUACUCCUGUUCCAAAGAAGGUCAGCCUGCCCCACAUUUCACGUGUGAUAUCCGAUGUGUAUGGAGACAAAGUGUUGACGGGCGCAAGAGGGGAGGAUUCUUUCCCAUUGCAGCAGAAGCUUGUUGUGUGCUCUCUCCUGUUGCUAACCCAGCAAAGCAAGGUCAAGGAAGUCACUUUAGGAAAACUUCAUGAAACGUACAGCAAAGUUUGCCGGAAGCAGCAGAUGCCUGCAGUGGGCCAAUCGGAAUGUCUCUCCCUCUGCCAGCUUCUAGAAACAAGGGGCAUUAUGGGUUUAAAAAAAUCAAAGGAAGCUCGCCUUACAAAGAUGUCUCUGAAGAUAGCGGAGCGGGACAUAGAGCAUGCUUUCAAAGACAAAGUCCUUAUUGGGAACAUUCUCCACGCAGGGAUUUAAAUGACGUGUUUUUAUUUUUAUAGAGGUGCAAUAUGCACCAUACAUUUUAUUUUUAAGAAAUUGCUGCUGAAGAAGGCGAUACAUUGUAUUUAGCCAGAGUAUAUUUUGCAAAGAAAUGGCGGUUUUUAUUUGACUGUAAAUUUGCCCCAUUGACAUGUUUUUGACAAACUAGUUUAAUUUAUGCUGGUUUAAUUUAUGCUUGUGUAUAUAAUUUUGGUUCAUGUGUAAGAGAUGACUGUUUGCUGCAAUCUGCAGCAGAUGUUUUACUGUAAGAGAACUGUUCUGGUUUUACAGACUCCGCUCUUUUUAAUGUUUGGUUUUAAAUAAACCCAAAAAUCCAA